CCCACACAUACCUCUUCUCCAUUCAAAUGGCAAGCCCAUCAAACCCUCCUCCUCCUCCUCCUCUUCCUCCUCCUUCUUCUUCUUCUUCUUCUGAUGCUUCUGCACGAUCACAAAUACAAGACUACGAGUACUUAUAUGCAUUAAAUGCAAAUGUUUCUAACUUCAUUUCAGUGAAACUUUCCAGUGAGCACAAUUACCGUCUAUGGGAGAAGCAGAUGUGUUGCCUCCUGAAGAGUUACAAUGUGCACGCCAUUGUAUAUGAACCAGGAGCUUUGAGCCCAGACCUCAAGAACCGAUUUGACAGCCUUGUAAAAGGAUGGAUUUUCGGUUCAAUUAGCAAAGAGCUACUUGACAUUGUUGUCGAUCUUGAUUCAGCCAAAGAUGUUUGGAACAAACUAAGUUACUUCUAUGAUCCCACUAUAAUAAGUCCUCAAAAAGCAGAAACAGAAACAGAGACUGAAGAUCAAGAUGAAGAUGAAGACGUGGUUCCGAUAAAAAGAACAACAGAAGAAACAGAAGACACAGCAGUGUCGACAUCUAUGAAAACGAAAAUCAAGGGCAAAGUAGUAAACUAUAAAAAGAAGAUAAUGGGUCAGAUUUUACCGAGGCAAUUAACAGAAAGAAAAGGUGAAGACCAAAAAACAGAAGACAAACGUGAAGAAGACCCAAAAAUAGAAGCCAAAAAGAUCCUACGCAACAAAAAUUUGCGUCAAGCUAUUACGGAAGGGAGUUGGGGUGAAGUGGAAUCCAUAAUAAAAGAAGACAAGAAUGUAAUCAAAGAGGCAAUCAACAGUGAUGGCAACUCGAUGCUUCAUAUAGCGGUUGGGAUCGGUCACAACUCUUUUGUCAAUGAGAUGUUAUCAUUCUUGAAAGGUGAAGAUUUACCUACCAUGAAAAAUGAUGAUGGAAGCACAGCCCUUCACAUCGCUGCAAUCGUUGGUAACACACGUGGGGCAGAUCUCUUAAUGAGAAAAGAAAAACGUUUGUUGGAAAUAUCAGACAAUAGAGGUGAAACACCUUUGGAUAAAGCAUAUGAAAAUAUGCAUCUUGAUACCAUUGAAUAUUUGUUGAAAGCCGCCAACGAUUAUGGAAAAACUAAGAAAAAGUCAUCUCGUUUAGGUGUAACAAAAGGCGUCGACCUUCUUGUUAACGCUGUUUCUGCAAAGGAAUAUGAUUUAGCAACGUAUUUAAUCAAUAAGUAUCCUAAAUUUGCUGUGGAGAACGAUCAUGUCCUGAUGGCAAUAGCUAAGACCUUUCCAAGUGAGCUAGACUAUUGGGAAACACUUAUAUAUCCAAGUCCGCAGGAUAAUUAUGAAAGGAUAGUCAAGAGAGCUAAGGAUUUGUUUUAUGUAUUAGUAGAAUUCUACGAUGUCCUAAUGGAAAUCAUCUGGGGUAUGCCUGACAACAUUAUUAUGAAUAUUUUGCAACUGGUAGCACUGAUCUUAAUAAUGGUUCCAUUAUUGGCGCUAUUUUGGAUCUUAAACUUUAUUCUCCUACUCGUGACGAUGGUUUAUUUUACAUUCUCUAUGUAUUAUUUUUCGUUGUGGAAGUUUUCAAAAAGACUAGUUGCACCCAUUAAGCAUAUCGAGAAGAAAAGGAAGGAAUGGGAAGAAGCAAAAGAAGUUCUAAAAUUGGUAUGUGCUAAAAUAGACAAGUUAGAGCUCCCUGAUACAGAUCAUCCUCGCUUAUACGCCAGACCAGUUCUUGAAGCAGCACGUCAAGAUGCUUAUGAGGUUGUUGAUGAGAUUUUAAUGAGAUCCCCUGGAGCAAUUCGAUACAAAGAUAAAAGUGGGUAUGACAUCAUCCAGUUAGCGGUAAUACAUCGUUCAGAAAAAAUCUACAACCUUAUCGAUAUCCUUGGGGAGCGAAAGAGUGUUUAUAGAAUGAUGGAAGAUUCUUCUAAGAACAAUAUGUUGCACUUGGUUGGAAGAUUAGCUCCUUCCCAUAAACUAAAACUUAGAACUGGUGCAGCAUUACAACUACAAAGAGAGCUUCAAUGGCGUGAGGAAGUGGCGCAACUCGUUUUUCCAGCAUACAUUACCAAAGAAAACAUUUUUAUGGAGACACCUGAUAUGGUAUUCACUAAGGAACAUGAAAAUCUGGUGAAGGAAGGAGAGAAGUGGAUGAAAACCGUAGCAGAAUCAUGCAGCAUCACUGCAGCACUGAUUACCACAAUCGUAUUUGCAGCAGCAAUCACAGUACCAGGUGGAAGCAAGCAAGACACAGGCAUCCCUGUGUUUACAAAAGAUAUUACUUUCACGAUCUUUGCUGUAUCAGAUGCAAUCUCACUAUUUGCAUCCACUACAGCAUUACUAAUGUUCCAGUCCAUCCUCACAGGACGUUUUUCUGAGCAAGAUUUUUUGGUGAGUUUACCAAGACGAUUGAUUAUUGGUCUUUGCACGUUAAUGAUAUCAACAACUGCCAUGAUUGUGGCCUUCAGCACGACCUUGUUCAUUGUCUUUUGUCAUAAAAAGCUAUGGAUGCUUGCUCCGAUAGGUGUAUUAGCUUUCCUCCCGAUUUCAUCUUUUGCUACUCUUCAAAUCCCCCUGAUUGUAGAUCUCUUGCGGUCUACAUACGGGCACAUCUUCGAAAAGCAAACCAACAAAAACAGCCAUAGAUUUAAUCCUGAUGACAUCCGCCUGUUUUUUGGCAGGUGA